AAGGUCUCACACUCUUGCUUCCAGUUGUCGAAGUUUUCGGCAGUUACUCCAUCAUGCCGGAGCCCUCUAAGUCCGCCCCGGCCCCGAAGAAGGGCUCCAAGAAGGCGGUGACCAAGGCGCAGAAGAAGGACGGCAAGAAGCGCAAGCGCAGCCGCAAGGAGAGCUACUCGGUGUAUGUGUACAAGGUGCUGAAGCAGGUGCACCCCGACACCGGCAUCUCGUCCAAGGCCAUGGGCAUCAUGAACUCGUUCGUCAACGACAUCUUCGAGCGCAUCGCUGGCGAGGCGUCGCGCCUGGCGCACUACAACAAGCGCUCGACCAUCACGUCGCGGGAGAUCCAGACGGCCGUGCGCCUGCUGCUGCCCGGGGAGCUGGCCAAGCACGCCGUGUCCGAGGGCACCAAGGCGGUCACCAAGUACACCAGCGCCAAGUGAGUCCGCCCACCCAGAAAGGUAGCCUCAGCCUGUACCACAAAGGCUCUUUUAAGAGCCACUCACUUCUCCAAAGAGAACUGGCACUCACAGCUCUUGUCGUGCACACUUAUUUGCUACAUGAAAUAGUUUCCAAGUUCCAUUGAUCUUGUUAGAAAGUGCUUUGCAAUGCAACUGUCACAU